ACCAGCGCACCCCGGCUUCCAUAUCAGGGUGCUCAGUCCCUCCACGCGUGGUCCUGGAUGUAUGUACAAGCGGGCCGCAAUUGCACUCCUUGGCGUCCGGCUUGUUCCCCCGCGGGACGACGUACCGGCGAGGUAGCCUCCGGGGACCAUGUCUCGGGGGGUAUCAACCGGGGACUGCGUGACUGCUCAGGGCAGUGUCAAAGCCUGACACGGGUUGUCGCUACUGGCGACGGCCUCGCCGACCUCAAACAUGAUCCAUGCCUCACAUAUUGACUUGUAUCUCGUGCAAGACACUCGUGGACGGAGAAUCGACCGAGUGACCCUCGCGUUACAACCCGCCCCCGCUACCCCCAGGAUCAAAAUGUUUCACCUCAUCUGUGUGUCUACGGGCACGCCCCCCUCACAGCCGUUGCGCGCGUGGUUGCGGGUUCCAAAUCGGGGCAUGCCUCUGUCGAUCACCGGGCGUCGGGACGCCGGGUGUGGUACUCGGGACGGCGAGCUGCCGCGCCUCUGGAUGGGCAUCCGACCAAUGGGGUCUAUGGGGACCGGGUGUGUGCAAAAGGAAUGGGUGUUGUGUUUCUCGCCACGGGAUCUGUUUUGUGCCGGAUGGAAUAGGGGUCCUCGAGGUGUGUGUGGUUGUAUAUAUGUGUAUGUAAAUACACCAUGCCAUGGGCCCAGACCGGGGUCACACAAGAACACCACCCAGACAUGCACUCCAGGAUUCACUCCUCGAAACGGCAGUCCUGAGCCUGAGCACCAACCCUCAAGCGCCCGCCAGCGCCGAGCUGAGACGGUCACGCUAUCAUCAAAAGCUUCCCGGUCCGUUGGCCACCGAGACCCCAACAUCCGACAGCGCUUCUUCCCCAUCCCUAUCCCUAGACGAGCUAGACACCAUCGACCUUCUCUCGCCGACAGAAGCCCUCCCACCAACCAAUUCCCCCCGGAGAGAAAGCUGCGCGUCUCUCCCAACGCCACAAGUCGGACCGAGAGCCCACGCCCAGACACCACAACCACAGUUCGAACCCCUCGCCACACCGCGGUCCAGACGCCGGGGACUUUCCCCCUCGCCCACUCACCAGAGUCACCACCAAUGAAUGGCAACAACCGCAGCAGCGAAAACAUCAGCAACACCCCCGGAAAGCAUCCCCGAGCCCAAGAUUUAACCAUCACAUAUCAUCUCCAUAUGUAAACAGCCCGCACCGCCACUGUGGCACGCCACCAGCCAGGUGUGUGUGUGUGUGUGUGUGGGUGUGAAUAAAGUGAGACAUUGGGAUUUGAUACACCGCUUAACUGACUGUGCAGAGCAGGGUGAGUGAGGAGACAUGGGACUUGAACAACAACCGCGGCAAAAGCCACCGCACUCGCCACAGUCGUAUGUAUGUACCGGUA